CCACCCAACGCCCAGGCGCCCUAUUGGCCGCGCCGGUGGCUGCGCGCUCGGGCGGCGCCGGCGCCGGCGCCAUGGCGGAUCGGCUAACGCAGCUGCAGGAUGCGGUGAACUCGCUCGCAGACCAAUUCUGUAACGCCAUCGGAGUAUUGCAGCAGUGUGGUCCCCCAGCCUCUUUCAGCAACAUUCAGACAGCAAUAAACAAAGAUCAGCCUGCUAAUCCGACAGAAGAGUACGCCCAACUGUUCGCAGCAUUGAUUGCACGAACUGCAAAAGAUAUUGAUGUUCUAAUAGAUUCCCUGCCUAGUGAAGAAUCGACAGCAGCUUUGCAGGCUGCUAGUCUGUAUCGAUUAGAAGAAGAAAAUCAUGAAGCAGCUGCCCGUCUGGAAGAGGUAGUUUAUCGUGGGGAUAUGCUGCUGGAAAAGAUACAGAGUGCCCUGGCAGAUAUCGCCCAGUCGCAGCUGAAGACGAGGAGCGGUACGCAUAGCCAGCUCCUUCCGGACUCAUAGCACCAGGCGGCAGCGUGCCCUUGCGAAACCCAGUGGUGGCAAGUCGUGUUGGAAACACAGCUCAGUUCCCACAGGGAGCUCUUGACACCCAGCCUGGCUCUCAUGGGACUCGUGUGUGCUCCGAUUGUCAGUAACAACGUCUUUUAUCAAAGCUCAAACUACAGGUUUUGUGCGAGAAAUGCUUCUACUGUAGAAUAGGUGGUUGUGUUCUAGAAUUAUGUGUCCUGAUAUAUGUUUCCCUGACUUAAAAUACUAAUUUCUGAGCUUUCUUUUCUGUUCAUAAAUAUGUCUGAUUGCAGUCUGAUUUGUUAUCUUCAUUACACAGGCCUUAGUCCCUAAAAGGAAUUCAGAAGGAAAAUAUAUUAAGAGUAUUUGUGUAAUUUGCUCACUCUUAAUUUCAAACUUUUAUGUUCUUCUUGUAUUUUUUGUAAGGCUCAAACACAGACACACGUGAAUUUGCCAGAGUUCCACGGAGACAGUGCUAGACAGUGAUGUGAAUACAGUGGUGGCCAUCUGUUUUAAUUAACAGAAAUGGUAAUUAAACAUUUGUGUUACUACUUGGCUGGUUUACCACCCUUUACAGAGCAAGUAAAGGGAUAAGUAAACUGUUAAUGUUUGCAGAGUAAGUGUUCUUGCUAUUGGCAUCUCAUUUAAAAAAAAUAAAUCUGCAGGUAUCUGA